GCAGGUUUGCACUUCAAGGGGGUCUCCCCGGCCCCGCAGACACGCUGGAGCCAGCGGUUGUAGACAUUUGCCAGACGUGUGAACUUUCCUCCACGCUGGCAGCUGUUAUCUCUGCUCGAUUCCCACUUUGAUGUGGGUUCACACUUGCAAACCCACCCGCCCGCCCGGGACCAGGGGCCCAUAUAAGAGCGGGCCGAGCCUGGCAGUCCCCCAGCCCCUCUCCGCCAUGAACCAGACCGAGGUCCCUUUGGCAGGGAGCAAGCCCCACGGGGUCAGGCCCCACAUCUGCUGCGCGCCCCCUCCCCGCGCCCCCACGUCGCUCGGCAGUACCCCCCUCCUGGUCAGAGCCGAGUCCCGACGGAGGGGGGCGCGGCCGAGCCAGCCCGCGGACGGCGAGCCCUGCGCGGCGGAGCCCGGCGGAGACAGUCCCCCGGAGCUCACCGACCCGUACCCACCGUCGGAGCCAGCCCCCGACGGCGGCUGGCUGAGCGCCGACGAGUCCUCGGGCUACGAGAGCGAGAGCGCGGGCGGGGAGCGCGCCCCGGCGGCGGGCGGGACCCGCGGGCGGCAGCGGCGGGCGCGGACCGCCUUCACCUCGGAGCAGGUCUGCCGGCUGGAGAAGACCUUCCAGCGCCAGAAGUACCUGGGGGCCUCGGAGCGGAGGAAGCUGGCGGCUGCCUUGCAGCUCUCGGAGAUCCAGAUCAAGACCUGGUUUCAGAACCGGAGGAUGAAACUGAAGAGGCAGAUACAGGACAACCAGCACAGCCUCAUGUCUCCUGCUCCGCUCUACAGCUGUCCCCCGGGGACCCCACCAGCUCUGUUUCAGGAUGGUCUCCACUACCCCUUUGCUCCACAGCACCAGAGACUCCUGCCUUUUACCCCGGUGCCAGCUGUGCAGUUCAGCUUCUCCUUUCCUAGACACGAUGCAUCGCAAAGCACCUACAGCUUUAUGGCAAAUGAGUGGCCGUACUACCAGCAACACUUUCUUCCUCAUCCUUCUUUCCAUCCAGUUAUCCAGAACAAAAUGGACAAGCAAUGCCACCCUGUAUAUGCAUUAUAGUGAAAACAAAAAGGGGCAGGCAAUGGGGAAAAAUGUUGUAUGCUGUAAUGUAUUUUGUGCUCAGAAUCUCGUCUGAUUUGGAAGAGUAUGUGUUUAUUAUUUUAAGUUAAACGCGAAACGGAGUAAUUUUAUAUUUGUACUAAUUGGUAUUAAAAUUUACUGGAUGUGAU